GGCGACUGCCCGGAACAUUCAUCCCGGCGAAAGAAGGCAGGUGGGACUGAGUUACCAGCCGUAUUUUACAUCAAAAGACUAAUCCAUGGUGACUGGCUGACGUUGACCUCGUAUCAGUCACGCUGGACAAACUCAAUCGCUUGGGUGUGAAUGGACAGGGCAGCCGGAAACACAAAGCCCAGGUAGUGAUGCCCAUUAAAGGUUCAGACAUGAAGAAGAAGAGGAAGCUUCCUGAUGCAGCCGAUCAUGAGCACAGGAGUAAAAUUACCAGUUUCACCCGCCCUAAGAUCCGCGGCGCCAGGCCCAGCAGCGUCGGUGGCGAUAAGCUGUUCUCUAGUAAGAAGUGUCUGGCCUGGUUCCACGAGUACGCCGGACCCGAUCAGGUGGUCGGCCCCGACGCCAUGGAGAAGUUCUGUGAAGACAUCGGCGUGGAGCCGGAGAACAUCAUCAUGUUAGUGUUAGCCUGGCAUCUGGAGGCCGCCAGCAUGGGCUUCUUCACCAAAGAGGAGUGGCUCCGAGGAAUGACCACGUUACAAUGCGACUGCACACAGCGUUUACAGAGUAAACUGGAUUACCUCCGCGGUGAACUCAACGACGCCACCGCCUUCAAGAACAUCUACAGAUACGCCUUCGACUUCGCCAGGGACAAAGACCAGAGGAGUCUGGACAUGGACACAGCUAAGUCCAUGCUGUCUCUGCUGUUGGGGAGGACGUGGCCUCUGUUCUCCGUCUUUCAUCAGUUCCUGGAGCAGUCCAAGUACAAGGGCAUGAACAAGGACCAGUGGUACAACGUCCUGGAGUUCAGCAGGACCAUCAACUCAGACCUCAGCAACUACGAUGAAGACGGAGCCUGGCCGGUUCUGCUCGAUGAGUUCGUGGAAUGGCAGAAAACCCGAUCGGCGUCAUCAUCAUAGCGACACCGUCACAACUCUGAGGAAGAGGAGGAGACGAUACGAACGGCGCCGACGCAGGAGGAAGCUCUAAUUUCAACUAAAACAAGUACAAACACUCUGAGACUGGACUCCGAGUCCAGACCAAGUCCUCCAUCACAGAGCGACUCUGAGGCGACUUUUUAUAGUGUUGAUUUGGAUGAAACCAAGAAACAUGAACUGGAGAAAAGAACUGUGGAAUUUCUGUUUUUGCUGACACUUAUUUUUCCCAUUUUGAGUCUUGUUUAUAGAUGUUUUCACAAUAAUAAAAAGGAAUGGAAGUACGA